AUGGCUGCCGAAGCAGUGCCACCUCCUCGGGAUGCCGAGCAAGCUCCUGCGGACCAUGUCUCUGAGACGAGUCAAAACGAAAAGCAGGGCUUCACGACUGCCGUCUCUGCCCUCAGACCGGUUCCGUUGACAUGGAAGCUGGCCUCUGUUGUGUUGGUGACUGCCAUUGGAUUUGGUUCUCAAUGGAGUUCCGGACUGAGUGGUGCCAUGAAGACGACGAUGAAAAAGGAGAUGAAGAUCAACAACACCCAGUUCUCUCUUUUGGAAGCUAGCGAGGAUUUCAUGGUCACGGCUCUGAUGCUACUCAGUGGUGUCGUUACGGACAGAAUUGGUGGUGCAGGUGCCAUGCUAUACGGCAAUUUCCUCUACUCAGCUGGUUCCAUUCUUGUGGCGGCAGCAGCUCAGACCCGCUCCUACAAGUUUAUGAUCGCCGGCAGAGUCAUCCGCUCUCUCGGAGAUAUCGCAACUCAAGUGGCGCAAUACAAAGUCUUCUCAUCCUGGUUCGCCCCCGGCAACGGCUUUGCGUCGACUUUAGGCUUCGAGUUGGGCAUCGGCAAGAUUGGUGCAUUUGCUGGAAAAUCAUUUUGCCUGGGUUUUUGGGUUGCGGUUUUCAUGAACCUCUUCACGAACGUCAUGACGGGUGUGUUCUACUGGUUCACAAAGGUUGCCAACAGCAAAUUCCAUGGCGUCAGCGAUCCUGCAACUGGUGAGAGGUUGAAGGAAAAGACGAAGAAGUUCGAGUUGCGCAAGGUUCUCGAAUUGCCGUGGGCUUUCUGGGCUGUGAUGGGCUUCUCAUUGUUCGAAACGAGUACCGCCAUCGUCUUCCUGCAGAACGCGACUGAGCUGGCCGAGCAGCGCUUCGGAACCAGUUCCAUCACUGCUGGUUGGUAUAGCGCCACGUUGCAAUAUGCCGGUUUCUUCGUUGUACCCCUGCUUGGAGUCUUCCUUGAUCUCUACGGCAACCGAAUUUCAGUCUUGGUCUUCUGUGGCAUUGGAAUGUUUACUUCCAUGUUGCUCGUGUGUUUCGCCAACACCACUCAGGGCACUGCUGCGAGUUUCGGAGUCUUUGCAUUCGCCUACUGUUUCGGACCCGCCACCAUCAUUGACAGUAUCCGCACGUCAAUGUGGGACUCGACUGUCUUUGGCUCGGCAUAUGCAUUGAAGAUCACCAUGAACAACGCAAUGAACAUUGUCGUUCGCGUCAUUACUGGUGUCAUUCAAGACAACGACAACAACUCCUACGACAAGGUCACUAUUGUCUACGUCAUUCUUGCCGGAAUCUCCGUGGUGGUUUCUUUCCUCCUUACGUUCGCGUCCUGGAAGUCGGUCGACCUUGGACACCUGCAGUGGACACGCAAAUUGCGUAUCGCGCGUGGCGAGAUUCUGAACGUCAGAAAGGAGAGGUUCUACGGGCAGAAUGGCGAGAAGAACAGACUCAUCUCCAAGAGCUGCUUCAUAGCGCUGAUCGUGCUUAUCUUGGGAAGUUGGUGUGGAUACUUCUGGGGAGUUGCGACUGGCAACAACUCUUCAUAAAUGAACAUGGGGAUUAUGCAGGGUACGAUGCUUCGCAAGGAGAAUCAGCCCUCCUCGUACGGUCAUAAUGAACAUGACGAAUUUAUCUCUAGUUGACCUAAUACAACUAAUGAUCGCUGGUCAUUCCGGCUAAUGUGAAAUCUUCUUCCAGCGCAGAAUCAUUUAGGUACCUCAAGCGAUGUGCAGAUAAGUAAAGCUUCCACCGUGACGUCCAUAAGUCAGACCGGCUCAAUA